UCAUUGUUGUCGCACCACUCAGUCCGGAAAGACUUCACCUUCUAUAAACCUACAAACGUCAUUCUACGGCUUAUUUCCAAGCUUCUGAUAGAUUGCUGCUGCCCAAGCCUGGUAUCCUGAAGCAAUGGGCUCAUGACCGACCUUGAAAGGCAUCAAGCUCAGCAAGCUGUAGGAGCCCCCAAGACAGCCAACUGCGUCACGACUUCCAGCAAGAUCACGCCUACCUGCAACUUCCUAUCCUAGAGACAUUCCAGGCAGCAUCGUCUUUACUACCGGAUCGUCAUCAGAGCUCGCCCAGUACUUCGGCGUCAUCGUAUUCGCUCUCGGCUUCAGAAGUGCCUGGCGCGGCACGAUGCGAUGCACUGGGAGAUUCAAGAGACGACCAUGGCUGCCGCUGUAGCACGCUUGCACGGACACAACUAUUUUUGGACCUCGCUUGUCAAAAAUGGCUCUCGACUUUCCCGUCAUCUAUCUACUGCCCACCUUCAUUGACACAGACAGAUUCCUCGAGCUGCAGGGCACAAUACCAACCUUGACCCAUGACGUCAAUGAGGCCGAUGUUGUUGUGGCAAACCUGUCCCAAUCAGGCCGAGCCAGGUUCGAGCUGCGGCGACUUGGGCUCAACACGGACCCUCUUGUCCCUGCCGCAUUGUCUUCUGACCCUGGAAUCAUAGAGCUUGAUGCCCCGCAACGUGCUCGUCGCGGAUCUAUGAGCAGUGACAGCUCCGACACGGCCUCGGAAGUCGAUGCAGACGAGCUGACGACCUCCCCAGCCUCUGUCAGGAGAAUCAUAACAGACCGCGGAGAGCCUGUAGUUCGUAUCGUCAAGUUGGCGUGGUUAACGACGUCUCUGGAGCGCCAUGUCGUCUUGCCUGUCGACGAAUAUCUACUUUAUCAGGGCAUCCGGAAGGAGGCCAGUGAGAAGACACAGCGAACGGAACCAAACAAGCCGAACUUGCCCAACCCGAGCGAUAUUGUUGCGCGCGCACAACUAGACACACCUGGCCAAGCCCCCAAGUCUGCCUUUCCCCAUGGAUACAAGCGGCAGCACGAGCGCACCUCGCCAUCUUCCCAAAGCAAGCGCCCCCGACUCCUGCUAGAGACGACCUCGGAGCAUGACAUUGGGACUCAGUUGCCGCCGAUCCCUGAUUACUUGCAUACGACCUACUCUUGCCAGCGGCCGUCCCCCGCAGACCCUCCCAACGAUGCGUUUAUCGAGCACCUGAAGACAAUCCGCACUUUCAGAACAUUGAAGAACGACAAGAUUGGCGUCCGGGCGUAUUCAACAGCAAUAGCUACACUCUGCGCUUAUCCGUACCCAGUCACCGCAGUUGCUGAAAUCGAACGGCUUCCUGGAUGCAGUGCUAAGAUCGCUGCGAAAUGGAAGGAAUGGAAGGAAAAUGGCUUUCUCCAGGAGAACGUCGAUGCAGAAAACGACGACAAGCUCUCGGUGCUCAAGCUCUUCUACAACAUCUGGGGUGUUGGCGAGACGACAGCGCGGGAAUUCUACAACAAAGGAUGGCGAGAUCUGGAUGAUGUCAUCGAGUAUGGCUGGGAAACUAUCACGCGAGUCCAGCAGAUUGGAAUCAAGUAUUACGAGGAGUUCCUCGUUCGCAUCCCACGGCAGGAGACAGCAGCUAUAGGGGACACCAUACUCGAGCACGCCAACCGAAUCCACGCCGGCUUCCAGAUGGUGAUCGUAGGCAGCUACAGACGCGGCCGCCAAGACAGCGGAGAUGUUGACGUGGUCCUCAGCAAUCCCGACGAGAAUGCGACGGCCCAUUUUGUCGAGAAGGUCGUCGUCAGUCUAGAGAAUGCUAAGUUCAUUACUCACACGUUGACGCUCAGCACUCGAAAUAGCGAGAGGGGCCAGUGUCCGCUGCCAUGGAAAGGAGAAGACAGAAAGCCUGGCACUGGCUUCGACACGCUGGACAAGGCUCUGGUCGUCUGGCAAGACCCCGAGUUUGACCAUUCCAAGCACUCCAAGAACCCAAAUCCACAUCGCCGAGUCGACAUCAUCAUCAGCCCCUGGAAGACAGCGGGAUGCGCCGUCAUUGGCUGGUCGGGAGGAACCACCUUUGAGAGGGACCUGCGCCGGUACUGCAAGAAGGAGAAGCGCCUGAAGUUUGACAGUAGCGGUAUACGGAAUCGGAGAGACGGAGGAUGGGUCGACCUGGAGAGCGAUCUCGACGGCCAGGCACCUGACUUGUUAACGGCGGAGAAGAGGGUGUUUGCAGGGUUGGGCCUCGAGUGGCGGCCGCCCGAGGAAAGAGUCACGGGAUGAGCCGGCCGCGGAAAGCGCAGGAAGGCCGCAAGCUGGACGCUAGCCGGCGCGCCGAUAGGGUUGGUUGUCACGGGCACGGAGAAGCGGCCAGAAGCUCAACGACACAGCUGCAACCCGACGGUCUCGGAGCGGCCAUGGCAUCAUUACACAACGGGGGCUUGCUGCAGGGGUAAAGACGCAGCAUUGCCAUCCACGUCGACUGCAGAACAUUUGUCGCGUGGCAUCGAUUGGAUGGCAUCAGACCAUGUUGCACAACUUUGGGCAGCAGUUCCCAGAGUGGCAGGCUUUGGUUCAGGCCAUGGCACGGUCCCUGCCUGAUCUCCCCGCAUAUCGAUCUGAUCCCCAGUCUUCACUUCAAGUGCCCGCUUCAAGGCAACUGAUUGGAGCUACUUUCUUACCAGAGAUGAUGGUUGAAUGUGAAUGGCGAAGUUGACCAGCCUGCUUUAUAUUUAUUUUGCAAGCUAUCCCAAUCAUGAAGAGAGACACUCCUGUGGCAUG